AGGUGGCUAUGGCUACUGGACAGGUGCUGUUUCAACGCUUUUUUUAUACCAAGUCUUUCGUGAAGCAUUCCAUGGAGCUGUUGGAGGCAAUCAGCUCCAGAUUUGAGCAAAACAUCAGUAUGUUGCAAUACUUAUAUUUCAGCAUGUGUCAAUGGCCUGUGUUCAUCUGGCAUCCAAAAUCGAAGAAGCACCGAGGCGCAUAAGGGACGUUAUUAAUGUGUUCCAUCGCCUUCGACACAUAAGGGAAAAAAAAAAACCUGUGCCUCUGAUAUUGGAUCAAGAGUAUGUUAACUUGAAGAACCAAAUUAUUAAGGCAGAAAGAAGAGUCCUAAAGGAGUUGGGAUUUUGUGUUCACGUAAAGCAUCCGCAUAAGAUAAUCGUUAUGUAUCUUCAGGUAUUAGAAUGUGAACGUAACCAACACCUGGUCCAGACCUCAUGGAAUUACAUGAAUGACAGCCUGAGAACAGAUGUCUUUGUAAGAUUCCAGCCAGAAAGCAUUGCGUGUGCCUGUAUUUACCUUGCUGCCAGGACACUGGAGAUUCCUCUUCCUAAUCGCCCACACUGGUUUCUACUCUUUGGAGCAACAGAAGAAGAGAUUCAAGAAAUCUGUUUAAAAAUUUUGCAACUUUAUACUCGGAAAAAGGUUGAUUUAACUGAUCUGGAAAGUAAAAUAGAAAAAAAGAAACUAGCAAUUGAAGAGGCAAAAGCACAAGCUAAAGGUCUGCUACCUGAGGGAACCCCAAGUUUGGAUAAUACAUCAGGAUUUUCGCCUGUACCAAAAAAUGAAUCUCCCAAAGAAAUUAAGGGAAACAAACCUUCACCACUACCUGUACAGGCAAUGAAGAAUGCUAAAAGAAAAACUGAGGGAGCAAAAAGAGUGGGAUCAAAUAGCCCAGUAAAUGGUGUUCAGAAAGGAAGAGAAAGUAGAAGUCGAAGUGGAAGUAGAGAUCAGAGUUAUUCAAGAUCGCAGUCCAGGUCUGCAUCCCCUAAGCACAGGAAAAGUGAAAGUUACUCCACUUCAAGUGGUUCCAAAUCCCACAGCCGCUCUAGGAGUCGCAGUGACUCUCCUCCAAGGCAGUUCAACCACACUUCUGCUUACAAAGGUUCCAAGAUGAGAAGUUACAAGAAAUCAAAAGACUACAAAUACUCAGCACACAAACCAAGGAAAUCCCGCAGUAGAAGUUCGUCGCGUUCCAGGAGCCGGUCCCGGGAGCGCUCGGACCAUUCAGGAAAGUACAAGAAGAAAAGUCACUACUACAGAAAUCACAGGCACGAGCGUUCGCGCUCCUAUGAGCGAACGAGUCAUCGCUAUGACCGAGACCACCCUGGCCACAGCAGGCACAGGCGAUGAGUAGGACAAAGAGCUCUUUCCUUUGG